GCGCGGCUGUGCGAGUGCGGCCCGGCCCGGGGCAGCCCUGCCGCGCUUUUGGCUUUCCCCGUUUCCACUCCCUCUCCCCCGAGCUGUGGCUGCCUUUGAGCUGCUGCGGUGGCAUUUCCCCUCAGGAGGUGGCGAAGGGGUGGCGCAGCAGCCGUGGCCGGGCCGCGAGUGCUCGGGCUUUGGCCCCACGCCAUUCUCCGGGCUCGCACCAUGCCCUGUGUCACUCCUGGGGCGCUUCACUGCCAGGGGCGGGGUUUUUGAGAUAACUUCUGAAUACUGCCUGAAGGAAAAGGGAAAGGAACGAGGCCGGGAGGAAGAGAACCCCCUCACCUGCUGAGCAGGGCAGCUGCAGUCUGGGGCUGACAGACCAUGAAGGAAGAAUAAGGGAAUCUUGAAGCAGCAACUGACUCUUUGCUCCUGGACUUUGUCCAGAGGGACUGUUUGCACAUCAAUGCUCUCUCUUACCAGUGGGACCAUGGAAGAAAAGGAGAUGUCACCCAGUCACACCUCAGAGAGCAGCAUGUUGGACCUCCCCUCUGUCUGUGACCUGGCAGAGCACUUUCUGCCUCCACACAGCUCUGAGAACAGCCAGGAGCUUUAUCCUUCUGGGGAUGUUUUUCCCUCUCCACCCACAGGAGAGAGCAAUCCAUCAUCCGCAGCUCCUGCAGCUGGCUCUGCUGAAGGCCCUCAGGAAGCAAACGUGAGCUGUUACCUAAAAGCAGGGCUGUGUGAGCCCUCUGAACCUAAUGAUGUGCUCUCAUGGAUGCAUGAACAUGAUGGUGCAGAAGAUCCCAGCAUCAGGGACUCUCUGGAUGGCUUCUACAAAAUGUAUUGCAGAAAGCAGCCAGAGAGAGAGGAUCCAACCUACGAGGCUGCCUCACGGUGUCUGUCACAGAAGAUUUCAGAGCUGGAGCAAAAAGAUGGGACAAAAUACGUGUCACGAUGCCUGCAAAUGGCACAGCUGGUCUUGAACAGAGAUGGAUGUAAGAUCUUUCCAAACCACCCCCCCUCUGCUUGCUUCUCAAAGCCAGCUGAAGGAGAAGUCUUGUUGGAAAACAGGAGGAGGACACCCGGACUCUCAGAUGAUGUCUUGCAGUUCCUCUUGGAACAAACACAGGCAGAACGUAGCCCUGAUGUGUCACACGAGAAGUGAGCAAGACACUGCUUUGUUUGUGUCAUGGAGGCUUUGCUUUCACUCCAGAAAGAGGUGAAAUUUCUUGGACAGACAUUGUUCUCCAAGCACCACCUUCAGCAGCAGCUGCUCCAUGGAGGGUUUCACCCACACCUUGCUCUCUGAAGGGCAGCACUGCUUUAGGAGCACCUGUGUAACUGCCUGGGAUGUGUUGACUGAUGCAGUGUUUGUUGCUGGGACAUCAAACAUGAUAAUUUAUACCUACCAGGCUUUUAAAUUGGCCUGCAUCCUUACCCCAGGGUAACAGUGGUCCAGCCCAAAUUCAGCCCCUGGGUGAGCAUUGCUGUCCAGUGCUGUUGGCUAGAACAGAAUGUUUGAAUGACCUUGGCAUGGUGUGCUCCAGCCCUGCAGAGGGAAAGUUAAGAUUUUGUUUG